GCCGCCCACUUGGACCCGCCUCGACAUUUCUACCCACCCAUUCCCGUCCCCGGUCACCAUGCACACCCACCCACUUUGCCUCGCACGCUGCACGCUACUCGGGUCGGUCCGUUGGCUUCUUGGCUGAGCGAGCUGUUCAACUCCUGGCGAAGCCGCAUCCGAUCCGCCGCCUCCCUCAACCACUGCACCACUGCACCGCUGGACCGCUGGACCGCUGGACCGCUGGACCGCUGGACCACUGGACCACUGGACCACUGGACCGCUGUACCGCUGCUCGCCUGCUUGCGCGCUCGCUGCCGACACCUCCUGAAGGCCGGAGGGCGCGGACGUCGCCAUCAUGUUCGCCGAGCACAUUGUCCCUGCUGCCCGCUGGGUCCGCGACCACACGCCGGCGGCGCUGGCGCUGUUCAAGCCCAAGCUGAACUUUAUAACGCUGCAUUACACAUACCUCGUUGUCAUGACCCUGAUUGGAUCUGUCAUCCUGUAUGGCGAGCGGAACAUGGACUACAUCGAUGCUCUCUUCUUCGCGAGCGGUUCCGCGACGCAGAGCGGUCUGAAUACAAUCGACGUCAACAAGCUCGCCCUGUACCAGCAGAUUGCCCUCAUGCUGAUCGCCUGCCUCUGCACGCCCAUCUUCAUCAACACCUUCGUCGUCUUCAUCCGCCUGUACUGGUUCGAGAAGCGCUUCCAGAGCGUCGUCCUCGAGGCCCGCAGCAUGCGCGCCACCCGCACCCGCACCAUGUCCAGGAGGAAGAGCCAGAUGAAAGAGGAGCAGGACCGACACAUGGGCGACGAAGAGCGCGGCGUCGGCAGCCGCCGCAUCGACGUCAUGCGGACCGCCAGUGGACACGCCGGCGGCGGAGUCAUCGAGGACGAGUCGGCCUUCCAGGGAACGAACGGCAGUGCUGGGCUCGCCAUGCGCAAGCCCUCGCGGUCGUCAAGCAGCGACGACGCGGAUAUUGGGCCCCUCGAGCAACCAAAGUCUUACCAGCACACCAACUCGGGCAUUGUGUGGGCAGACAAUGUCGACACCAGGACCCCGAUGCAACGCCGCGACUCGGACGCUGUCGAUGCUCCCGCAGACCGACUCCCCGGUCCAGACAAGGAGCGGAGCAUUGCGUUUGUACAAAUCCAGCGCAACAGGAACCCGAGGGAAGGCCUCCUGCGCAUUCCGGGCCCACGAGACUUUGAUCGUGGGCUGAUGCCGCAGCGCGUGACUGACGAGCUGGCACGCGAAAUGACUCAAACAUCGCACGAAGACGACGACCCGCAGCGAUCUCGCUCCAUGAGCGUUGGAGAAGCGAACGGAGAGGCACCCAAGUUCAGGAGCCACAUCACAUUCGACGGCCCCCAGCGCGCUGCCACCAGCGCUUCCGUCUACAGGAAACCGGAUCCUGACACGCCCAGUGCCAACAUGCACCUUCGCAACCGGUCGAGAACGCGAACAGUCGCCAGCUUCUUCACGAGGGACAAGGAAGAGGAAGAGGCAGAUCCUAUGCCGUACCUCAGUUGGGCACCUACGAUAGGACGCAACUCCAACUUCGUCGAUCUGACAGAGGAACAGCGAGAGGAGCUCGGAGGUAUCGAGUAUCGCGCUCUGAAGACGCUGGCUUGGGUUCUCUGCGUUUACUUUGUUGGCUUCCACCUGCUCGGCAUGGUCUGCCUUACACCCUGGAUCACACGAUCGACGCGCUACACGAAAGUCGUUGAGGACGUGGGCGUCAGCCCUGUCUGGUGGGGUUUCUUCACCCCCGCGUCCAUGUUCAACGAUCUUGGCUUCACGCUAACUCCGGAUUCCAUGGUCUCGUUCCAGUUUGCAGUGCUGCCCCUGCUUCUGGGUACUUUCCUGAUCAUCAUCGGAAACACAGGCUUUCCCUGCAUGCUUCGUUUUGUAAUCUGGCUCUGCUCCAAGUUUGUGCCCAAGGGGAGUGGCGUGUGGGACGAGUUCCGCUUCCUGCUCGAUCACCCCCGUCGGUGCUUUACGCUGCUCUUCCCCAGCACAGCCAACUGGUGGCUCUUCGCUGUGCUGAUCGGACUGAACGCUAUCGAUCUGAUCUUCUUCAUCAUCCUCGAUCUCAACGAUCCAACCGUCACCGUCCUCCCGCCAGCUUUCCGCUUCCUCGAUGGUCUGUUUCAAGCCGCCGCGACCCGCACCGCCGGUUUCGCCGUCGUCAACAUCGCCGAGCUGCAUCCCGCCAUCCAAGUCAGCUACCUGAUUAUGAUGUACAUUUCCAUCUUCCCAAUCGCCAUGUCGAUGCGGCAAACCAACGUCUACGAAGAGAAGUCCCUCGGCGUCUGGGCCGACGACGACGACAACGAACCCUCCAGCUACCUGGGGCACCACUUGCGUCGCCAGCUGUCCUUCGACUUGUGGUUCGUGUUCUUGGGCUUCUUCCUCAUCGCCAUCAUCGAAGGCGGCCGCCUUGAGAACACGAACGACUUCGCCUUUACCCUCUUCUCCGUGCUCUUCGAAAUCGUCUCCGCGUACGGCACUGUUGGCCUCAGUCUCGGGUAUCCCGGUGCCAACACAUCUUUCUCGGGGCAAUUCAGGACGCUCUCUAAGCUCAUCGUCAUCGCGAUGCAGAUCCGUGGCCGCCAUCGUGGACUACCGUACGCGCUAGACCGCGCUAUCCUCCUGCCGAGUGAAACGCUGCACCAGAGUGAGUACGAGGACGCCACAAAACGCAUGAACAUGCGCCGCAACAGCGCGGCGGUGGGCGCGUCUGAUGGACCUGGCGGCCUCAUGAGGCAGGGCACGGGGCUGAGCAGGAGGAGCAGUAUGUCCAGUCAACGACCUGCUGCGGAUCGGUUCAAUGUCAAGCGCAUGUUGUCCGGAGCCUUCAGGGCUGGGCCGAGUCCGCCGAGGCGCAAGGAGCACUAGAUGUCUUUACGGCGUUUAGGGUACACGGGAGACACCGGGGCGUAUAAAUUUGAAGCGUUUUCGCGAUCCUUUCGACAUGUAUAUUCAGUAGAUGUAUCUAUUAGCAGAACACAACGACCAUACUCGGUCAGCAAUGCAAGUUUGUUGCUCACAAACACAUCCGCACGUCUAAUUCCAAACAAUCCCGCAAAACAUCACCCCUCCCGUGCACCUCAACUC